UACCAAGAUUUUCAUUCAAUUAUUGUUCGUCAUUACAAACUUUACGGUCCUAUAACAACGGAAUUAAACCUAUAAAACUUUUAAUCUUCUUUUAUUGGCCCAUUUUACAUUUGAAUAUGUCAACUGAGGCUGUGAUACUUUUGCUUGUAGCCGAUGUUUCUUUAGGCAGUUGUUUUGAGGGGAAAAUUAUUGGUGGGAAAUAUGCGACAAUUAAAAAUUUUCCUCAUGCAGCGUUUUUGAAAAUAAACUUGAAAUUUGAGGGGAUAUGUAUUUGUGGAUCUUCUGUGUUGAAUCAACUAUUGUUGGUGUCUGCCGCACACUGUUUUGAGCAAAUAAAUGAACAUACUACUAUAGGUGUGUAUGCGGGACAUCAUGACAUUUUUCAGGUGAAACUGGUAAGACCGGUGAAAACUGUAUAUCGUCACAAAUCUUACAACGCCGAAACCAUAGUCAAUGAUAUUGCAUUGGUAAAACUUAAACGGGCAUUACCCUUAGGGGAAUUUAUUAAGCGUGUGAUUUUGCGACCAAGUAGCCUCAAGCAAGACGGAAUACUAGCUGGAUGGGGAGCAACGAAUAGCCAGAUGAGUGAAUAUGAUUACAAGCUGAAGAGUGUCCCGCAAAAGUUGAGGUCUAAAGGUGCCUGUUCACGAAUUGGUACAUUGCACAAAGGAAUGAUGUGUGCUGGAAGUUUCAAUUCCAAUGAUUCAAGACCAUCAAAAGGAGACUCCGGCAGUGGACUGAUUAGCAAGGAUUAUGAAAUUGUUGGAGUAGUAUCACAUUUGGUGGUCUCUUUUCCGGCUAUAAUUGUCUAUACAAAUCUGUCUCACUAUUAUUCCUGGAUACAUCAGAAGGCAGAAAAAAUAUUAUGUCCAAUUGAUUAACUUGAUGUGAGAAAUUGUUUGUUUUAUUUGAAAGAAUUUCUU